AUGGCCUCCUUGCCAGUGGAGCAACUGGCCCAGUGCUUGCUGCGGCAAGGCGCAGGCAAUACUUCCUCUCGAACCUCGCGGGCGGGUUUUGGCAGACUCCCCCGCAGCUUGCGGAAGGACACCUUGGGCGAGACGGACCUCCGCCUCGUCUUGCGGAGGCAGUGGAGCGUGCUGCCCUGGCGCCUGGCCAUGCGCAAAACGCCGCGGCGCGCGCGCCAGGCGGCGAGGCGCUGGGCGUCUUCGGAGAUGCUGCUGCAGCCGCUCCCAGUCUUCGACCUGCUGAGAGCCGCGGGGGCCGCGGCUGCGGGGGCCGCGGGGGCCGCCGCGGAUCGCAACGUGAGCCGCGCAGCGGGGGUGGGGGGUGAGCUCUUGCGCCUCCUCAGGCAGGAAGUCGAAGGGCUGUGGAGAAGGCUCGUAGAGCGGGACGCUCGUCAUGAGGACCUCCAGUCUUUGCAGAGACGUUAUUGCGUGGGCCAGGCAUCACUGUUACGGCAGCUGGAGGCAUUGUCGGAUUUGGACACCUGGAAAGCAGAAGACGCCUUCUGGCUGGAACAUGGGACCACGACAGGACUUUGGGAUGAGAUGGAGAAGAUGCAAGCCCUGCUCCACUACGGCGUCUUCGGCCACUUCGAUCUGGCUCAGUGGACCACCCACUUGCCAGCUGUGCAGCAUUGUAUGUAUUUGAAGGCAGGCGCAAUCCUGGACUGUCUGAAAACGAGAGGCAGCUGGCUGGACGCAGACGUCAUCGCCCACAUCCUGCUCUUCGUGCUGGGCCAGUCCGAUCCCUUUAGCCGGCCAGGGGACUGGCCGGUCCUGGACGUGGGCGCCAACGUGGGGGCGGUGAGUCUCCUGCUGCUGAAGCUGGGCUUCUCCGUGCACGCCGUGGAGGCCAAGCACGAGAACGCGGAUCAUCUGAGCCUGUCCUACCAGGCGAUCCUGGCCCAGGAGGUGCUACGCACCUGCGGCAUUCCGAGCCUUCCAGGUCGGCCUUUGCAUGCUCGGCUUUCUCCCUGCGUUGGGCCUUUGGGCAGACUGCGGCUCUCGCGGUUUGCCGCUUCCGCGCAGCGCCAAACACUGCUACUGGGGGAGGCCGCGGAUGGGGCGACCACGCAGACCAGAUCCUUUGCCAGCGACUUUUUGGAGGGUGCGAAGACCAGACUUGACAAGGUACACGCGCGGAGCCUGGACGAACUGGAGGAAGCCACGAUGAAGAGUGCAAAGUCGUUUUCCAGAUUUGUGAAGAUGGACGUGGAAGGCUUUGAGACGGAAGUGCUGAAGGGUGCAAGGCAGACGCUGCGCAGGGCAGACUAUCUCUUCAUCGAAGUAUGGCCUGAGGCCCAGGAGAAACAGAACUGCACUCCUGGGGAUUUCCUGGGAGAGCUUGAGGACUUCCCCCAUGCCUACCACGUGGACUUUGAUCUUCGAAGCACUGAAAUUCAGCUGCAAGCGUUGAAUCUCUCCGGCUGGAGCAAGUCUUGGAGCGAGAAGAGCCGGUUUAUGGAUCAAAGAGUGGAGCUGAUGGCGCGAACGGAGGAACGCGUCGCUGCCCUGACGGUGACCAUGACCACGAUGGCGGUGGUGGAGGUGGUGGGGGUGGUGACAUUCCCAGUCCACGCGGAGUUGCACCAGUGGCUGAACGCCGCCAUCAAGGGCAAAUGCACGCCCGGCCACUUCCCUGAUCCCAAAGACCUCAGGUGCACGCCAGAGACGGAGAGCGCGAUCAGGCAGAUCCAGCGCUGUGCUGCGCUGGUGGAGGGGGCCUCAAAGGCUUGA